GGAGAGAGUGUGUGUGUGUGUGUUUACGGAAGGGAGGAUUCGCGCCGGAGGAGGUGAUACUACAUGUAUAAAUGAUAAAGAUAUCCAUAUAGAUUCAUAUGUAUACGUAAGGACGUGGUGCCAGUGUGUCCGUACGCAGGUAUAUAUUCGAGUACAAAAGCAACAGCGGAGUUAAUUAAAGGAAAAAGGAAGGAAAAAGUAACCAAGUGAAAGAAUUAUACGAAGAAGAAGAAGGAGAGGAGGUGGUGGAGGAGGAGGCGGCGGAGGAGCGGGAGGAGGAGUAAGUGGACUAGGAACCACCGAAAUAUCUCUCCUUACCGAACGACCGUAAACAAUUGACAAAAAGGAAAGAGGAUCAGUCGCGAGGAAAGUGAGAAAAAGAAACCCGGCAAGAAGAGGAGAAGAUCGGGAGUGAAAAAGAGCAGGGAAGAAGAAAGAGAGAAAAGGAAACAAACAAGAUCGAGGUGGCAUUAGAAGGUGGGCCAGGUGGGACAGUAGCAUGAGUUCGUACUUCGCGAAUUCGUACAUCCCGGACCUGCGUAAUGGCGGGGUGGAACACCCGCAUCAGCAUCAGCAGCACUACGGUGCAGCCGUCCAGGUGCCCCAGCAAACGCAGUCGGUGCAACAGCAGUCUCAGCAAGCCGGCGACCCGUGUGAUCCUAGUCUCCUGCGUCAGGGUGUCCCCGGCCAUCACUAUGGUGCCGCUGGUAGCCAGCAAGAUAUGCCUUAUCCGAGGUUUCCGCCGUACAAUCGGAUGGACAUGCGAAACGCGACCUAUUAUCAGCACCAACAGGAGCACGGCAGCAUGGACGGGAUGGGCGGUUACAGGUCGACGUCCCCUAGCCCAGCUAUGGGCCACAUGGGCCACACUCCUACACCGAACGGACAUCCGUCCACUCCUAUUGUCUACGCUAGUUGCAAGCUUCAGGCGGCCGCGGUCGAUCAUCAGGGCAGCGUGCUCGAUGGACCGGACAGUCCUCCGUUGGUCGAGUCGCAGAUGCACCAUCAGAUGCACUCGCAACACCCGCACAUGCAGCCGCAACAGUCGCAGCAUCCGCAACAGCAGCAGCAGCAACAUCAACACCUUCAGGCGCAGCAACAGCACAUGAUGUACCAGCAGCAACAACAAACACAGGCGACCACGCAACAAACCCAGCCCGGUAUGCAUCCGCAGCAGCAACAGCAGCCGCAGCAACACCAAGGGGUGGUCACGUCGCCGCUCAGCCAGCAACAACAGGCCGCUCCUCAAGGUGCGGCCAGUGCCAACCUACCGAGUCCGCUCUACCCUUGGAUGAGAAGUCAAUUCGAGAGGAAACGAGGCCGGCAAACGUACACCCGAUACCAAACCCUCGAGCUGGAGAAGGAGUUCCAUUUCAACCGAUACCUGACCAGGCGGCGGCGCAUCGAGAUCGCGCACGCGCUCUGCCUGACGGAGCGGCAAAUCAAAAUCUGGUUCCAAAACAGACGGAUGAAGUGGAAGAAGGAGAACAAGACGAAGGGCGAGCCUGGAUCGAGCGACGGUGAAUCUUUGGUGGAGAAAACGUUGUGA